AUGUCCGGCAGUGAUGACCCUUCAAUGAUAAAGAGCACAAGCUUUAUACCUUGGAAUCCAGCCCUCAAAGCCAACGUCAACAUUCCGGAACCUUCACGUAUCGUCAGCAACAUUGCCGGAAACGCAGCCGUUAAAGCUUCAGCGGCUGGUAUCCUAUCAAGUAACCCUCGAAUUCAAGCAGCUCAGUCUGAGUGGGAACGUAGACAGGCACAAUACCUCUCACAGGCUUCUACAGGACCAUCUAGAGCGUCUCGAAUGAUCCCUCAAAAGAGAAAUUCCCCCUCGGACGUUCUCCCCAAAAGGACUCCCGCUGAUUACGCACGUGCUCGUGAAGCUGCAUGUCGCUUUACGGAAGACGACGUUGCUAGACAAUUAGCAGAGAUUAAUAGUGCAGCUAUCAAGAAGAGCGCCAUGUAUCCUUCAUCUCAAUCUCCGGUGGUUUCUCUCACCGGGGCCGAGUUACUCAAAAAGUACACUGGUCAAGGGACACCAUCACCAACCCCAGCACCAGCAGGAUCGCCAGAUUUUCCAGUACCUGAUGCUCGAUUGGAAGCAAUCAUCAUGGCUGAACCUGGUCGAGCCUACAGCAUAUAUCCUCUCCCCGAAGGUGGCACUGUCUCUGCUCGCGGGGCACUUAUUCCAGCAAACUACAAACUUCACGAUGACCCUGAACUUCCAUUCGUAUGUCCUGUGCGAGAUUGCCGCCGCGUGUUUGGCAAGCUCAAUGGUCUUGGUGGACAUUUUGGCGCUGGGCAUUGUUCGACGACAUUCAAUGAUAACGGAGACGGCACAUUGUCCAAGGUCGGCAGCUAUCAAAAAGAUGGCCCUGGAGGUACACCUGGAAUCAUUGUUUCCAGAAACCCACUCCCUCCUGAUGCGCCACCUCCAGUUGAUCCAGGAUUGUCUGUAUUUGCUUCAUUCCAACAAAACCGCGUAUCUCGAGCUGCCGAACAGGAGAGAAAGACAACACGUUCACAGGAUCCUACCUACCGGCCUCAAGCUAUGCAAGAAUCGGAUGUUAAACAAUAUCUUCACCAACACCUCAGUCCAGCACAAAAGUCUCACCAACGAGAAGACAUCGAUUUCAUGUUGACAUUGCCUCGCAAGCGUGACUUGCCUGAGAGUUGGAAGCAUACCCACAGGGGGAGCAACCUGGACAUCACUCAUUAUUCCUGUGCAUUGGCAUAUCUCACAGGCACAGUUGUGGUUGGUAGCGAGCAGUGCACAGUUAAUACCACUCGACCAUCUGCACGACUAUCACAACCCUGCAUCGCUCUCCCGCUUGGCAUGUCUGUAUCAGCGAAGCAAGCAUUUUCUGCUCUAGAGUCUUGCGUGGGAUGUAGAUAUUGGUGUCAUCUGCAACGUCGCUCAAACGGUUGUGACUGGUGUCCUGAGCCAAAACUGAGACGAGGGGCUUCUGGUUCAUCGAGAUCAUCUUCUUCUGAGGAAUUGAACCCCUCGAUGGAUCUCGAUGAUUUUGAAGGUGUCAGAACCGUGACCGAGGUCCAACCAAAGCGAAGAAAAAGACGUUCCUCUGGGAACGACGUUGGCAUAAAAGACCAAACGGCAGUUGCCAUUAUCAGCAGACCUGAAAUGGGCGUUGAAUUGGAAAUGGAGGAUUGGGAGGUUGCUCCAGGAAGAAUAAAGGAUGAAUCUUCCUCAGACACUAACAUAUCAGACGUCGCCUUUUCCAACUCGUAUCUCACCAGUGGUCAGCCCGUCACUGUUUCCGAGGACGUCAGCUUCAACGUCAUGGUCCUCAAACCCGGUAGCGCCAACCAUUGGACUGUUGAAGACGACAAACUGCGAACAUGUUCCGUCGCGUCAGGAAAGGUUCGGGUCACGAUGAACGAAAAGACAUUUAAUCUUGGUCCCAACGGCAUGUUUGUUGUCAGACCCGGACAGACGUGCAAGGUUGAGAAUCGACUUUACAUAGAUUCUGUGGUGCACUGCACUACUAUUGGGGAUUUUUCACUGCAGUAAAGGCGCUUGGUUCGGAUACAUACAUUUUGAUUGGAGUUGAGCGCGCAUUUCGGCAUCGCAUAUUGACAUAUGCUAUUUAUCAACGGCAUUUUGGAAGCAUUUGGUCUGGGAUGGGUUGAAACGGGUUAGCAGUCAUCGGGAUGGUUCAGGUGGUGCAGUCAUUUGACUAACCUUGUCUCAGAUAGCCCCACGCUAUGGGAUCUACGGAGUCAGCCUACAGAGAUAAUAUUAGCACAUCAACAAUUGAUAUGGGAAUCGGAUAUUAUUUUGAGGAUGGAUCUUUGUCACGAGCAAGGCUAAGCCAGGCAGAUGUCUUUGUGCGGAUGACUCGGAGUGACUGUUGAGUGAUAUGAAUACCGAUGAUACUUCUGAACAAAACCAUCUGGUUUAUGACUUUUUCGAUUCACGUUCUCAUGUCUCAAGCCUCUCGACCAAAACUCCCCA